UUCGGUGAGCGUCACUGUGUCAUGCUUUUCCCGUGUCUACGCAUCUGUCGGUACACAGUUCUUCUGAGAUGAUCGACGCUUUCCGCUGACCGUCCCUUCUCUCAGCGCUUCCUCUACUAAUAACAGGGAGGACAGACUCAAUUGUGGUGGGAGGUUCAAGCUCAGAGAGAUGCUGAGCGGAUUCCCCAACUCUCUUCAGAAGCUCAGCAGCAUGCUUCACGCCUGCUGACUGUGAAGAAGAAGACUUGCUGGGAUUGUUUAUAGAGACAGGCAUGCGACAGAAGGUGUGCGUGUUUUCUCGGGCUCGUCCCGGUGAAGACGCACUGGAGUAAGGUGACGUUCAGCUGACAGCGGCGUUAACUUUCACGCCAAGUGCCUUCCGUUGGGGAAAACGCGAAAAUCGGAUCAUUCACAGUGCGUUGUGAAUUUGUAGGAGUAUCGAAAACACAUGAAUUAACACUGAAAUGUCAUGCGAGCGAAACUGGGAUCUGGUUUGGAGUCUACGCACGUGGUCCCACCGGAUUGACUCCGGAUCAAGCUGAGUGACAUCUAACUUCAAAUUAAAUCAAACCGCUGGAAGGACUUUAUUGCGAUUGAAACCUGUGGUCCAUGUGGAUUAUGAGAUGCUAUCAAAGUCUCCAGGAUGCUGUGAGACCACGAGCGGCGUAAUGAGAAGUUUCGGGUUGGGUUUGGAGAGUUGUAAACGCAACUUGUGCGCUCAGGAUGUCUCAGGAACUCUGGGAUGGAUUUUGCUCUAAAACCUGCACGUUUAUCCAGAGAGAUAGGGGUUGAUAAUCCACGCGUUUAUAGAAGGAUCUCUUCGUUGAUUCUGGAGAUACUUUGCGCAUAUCAGUAAACUGAGAUUGUGAUGUAUCAAGACACUUGUGAACGGAAUGUAAUUUAAAGACGACUCAGUGGAUUUUCUAAAGUUGCGCAUUGGUCAUAUGGAAGUAUGAAGAUAUUUAGAUCAAGCAUGUAAAGACAAAAACAGAAAACGAACAUCACGUUCCUUUAUCAGGGUAAUGGAUUCGGACAGCGUGUGUUUUUCUGUCAGUUUCCUUUGUUAUCACAUUAUUAUAAAGUCUGACACACGGAAUCAUCAAAAUAUUUGUUUUAUGAAUGAAGAAAUGGCUGGCAAAUAUUUCUCCACAACUCCUAACAAUGCGCUGACUUGAUAGUGCUUUGAUUUUUAAUAUAAAGUCGAGCAAAUUGAAGGUCUUUUACUCAUCAGUAGAUGAUUGACGCUUCAACAGGUGACUGAGUGGUCCGUGCGGUAUCAGGAUGCUCGUGUUGGUAUGAGAGCUGGUCCCGUGGGUUUACAGUCGACCCUCCGUGCUUCCUUCUUUUCCUGCCCUGCUUCUCGCUGUCCACAUGCAGGCGAAGAAGCGAUACCUGCUGGUAUCUGUGGGGGCCUGUAGCCUGCUACUAGCCUACCUGUGUGGUCUACAAAUCGGCGAGUUCCACAACCAGAGCCAUGCUGAGCUUUACAGAGUCUCACAGAUCGCCGGCGUCCCACCUCGGCCUCCCCGCUGGCCGGAAUGGGUGGAUCCUCCUCUGCAGACGUACCUUGGUGAAGCCGAGCAGGAAGAGGAUGGACCCCUGCUUCUUCACCAACACACGUCUCCUCGAGAGAGACGGGAAAUCCAGAAGAACAUCUACAGGAGCCGACGAUGUCGCAUGGAGACCUGUUUCGAUUUCCAGCGCUGCGAACGGGGGUUUAAAAUCUACGUGUAUCCGCCUCAGAAAGGUGAAGCGCCCUCGGAAAGCUACCAGAAGAUCCUGGCAGCUAUCGAGGAAUCGCGCUUCUACACGACAGACCCUAAUGAGGCCUGUCUGUUUGUACUGAGUAUAGACACUCUAGACAGGGACCAGCUGUCCGCUCAGUAUGUACAUAACGUCCGAGCCCGAAUUCAAAGCCUCCCUCUGUGGUACGAAGGGAGGAACCAUCUGAUUUUUAACUUGUACUCUGGAACGUGGCCUGAUUAUACGGAGGAACUAGGCUUCGAUAUCGGGCAAGCCAUGCUAGCCAAGGCCAGCACAGACAUGGACAACUUUAGACCGCGCUUUGAUGUGUCCAUCCCUUUGUUUUCAAAAGACCAUCCUCAGAAAGGUGGAAGCAAAGGUUAUCUCAAUCUUAACAACGUCCCUCCCUUACGGAAGUACUUGCUGGUCUUCAAAGGGAAGAGGUAUCUAACUGGCAUCGGUUCUGAAACCAGAAAUGCUUUAUAUCAUAUACAUAAUGGGGAUGAUAUCAUUUUAUUGACUACCUGCAAACAUGGGAAAGACUGGGAGAAACAUAAGGACGCAAGGUGCGACAGAGACAAUGAAGAAUACACAAAGUUUGAUUACCAGGAGCUGCUACACAACUCCAGUUUUUGCCUUGUUCCUCGGGGCAGGCGGCUCGGGUCCUUCCGCUUUCUAGAGGCCCUGCAGGCGGCCUGUAUUCCUGUGCUGCUGAGUAACGGAUGGGAGCUGCCCUUCUCAGAGGUCAUUGACUGGAGUAAAGCCGCCAUCAUUGGAGAUGAAAGAUUAUUGCUGCAGGUUCCAUCUAUCACCAGGUCUGUGGGUUCAGACAGAAUCCUGGCACUGCGGCAGCAGACUCAGUUCCUGUGGGACGCCUACUUCUCCUCCGUCACAAAGAUAGUCUUAACCACAUUAGAGAUUAUUCAUGACAGGAUACGGACGCACAUGUCCAGGAGCAGAUUGAUGUGGAAUUCUUUGCCUGGAGGACUCUACGCACUUCCUGAGUUCUCCAGUGACCUCACCCUCUUCCCCUUCUAUUACUCGACACUCGGUAAGAGUCCGUCUCAGGAGUUUACAGCCGUCAUUCAAGCGGUCACACCUCUACAGUCCCAACAGCAGCCCAUAUUCAAACUGAUCCAUGCCGUCGCCAAGUCCAAGUUCUGUGCGCAGAUUGUAGUGCUGUGGAACUGCGAGAAGCCUCCACCACCCAGAAACAAGUGGCCCUCCAUCACAACACCCUUCUCCAUCAUUGAGGGCAAAAGAAAGACGAUGAGUGGCCGUUUUUUCCCUCAUCAAGCUAUCAAAACUGAUGCAGUUCUCAGCCUGGACGAGGACUCAGUUCUGUCCACCAAUGAGGUGGAUUUUGCCUUCAUCGUUUGGCAAAGUUUUCCGGAUCGGAUCGUAGGCUACCCAGCACGCAGCCAUUAUUGGGACAGUGGGAAAGGGAGGUGGGGUUAUACCUCUAAAUGGACCAAUGAGUACUCCAUGGUGCUCACAGGAGCUGCAUUCUACCACAGGUAUUAUCAUCACCUGUAUACAUACUACCUGCCAACGUCUCUGCUGUCAAUGGUGGACCAGUUGGCCAACUGUGAGGACAUCCUCAUGAAUUUUCUCGUCUCUGCAGUAACCAAACUCCCGCCAAUCAAAGUCACUCAGAAAAAACAGUACAAGGAGACCAUGAUGCAGCAGGGCUCUAAGGCGUCUCGAUGGGCCGACCCAGACCACUUUGCACAGCGUCAGUCCUGCAUGAACUCUUUCACGAGCUGGUUUGGCUUCAUGCCUCUCCUUCACUCUCAGUUGCGUCUGGAUCCCGUCCUCUUCAAAGACCAGGUCUCUAUCCUACGCAAGAAAUACAGAGACAUCGAGAGGUUGUGAGGGACGAAUCCCUUACACACUCUGCUGAACUCAUUCCCAAACAGACCUGCAGUGUUUGAGAGACCAGAUACAAAUACAAUAUAUUCCAUCUACAGAAUAAAUUAUAACAAAAUAUGCAACACUGAAUGGUUUUAUCUGCGGAUGAAGGUUUGGUGGCAAGCAUUUGCUCAGAAUAGGACCAGCUCCUCGCUUGGUGGAAUUUGUUGUCGUUGUUGGUGUUGUUGUCUGCAAGGGCCGCAGCUGCUGCGCACGUAUGAACAGAAGGCAAAAGAGGCGUGUGAAUGGAUGAAAGACAGCUCAAAGUGUCACCUAUGCCUGCAAUAUGUAUUUUAAUUUCAAUUAUUUUUUUUAAGAAAUCCUUUUUUUUAAAAGAAGUCUAAAAAGAAUAAAAUCUAUGAAUGCAAAGUGGG